AUGGCGGCAGCUGCAAGGAAAAACUUUGAUGAUAUCGUCGACGUGAUACUGUGGCAAGACAGCAGUGAUGACUCGAGUAGCAGCGAAGACGACUUGGAUGAACUUUUGCUGGAAUUCAUGUUUCCACAACAAGACGAUGCAAACUACCCCCGUAUUAAUCUCCAGGAUAUACCAGAUGUCCAGUGCGAGGCCAUGUUUAGAUUUUCAAAAGGAGAUAUGGAAAAACUCCAGGAUGCUUUACAACUGCCAGCCAAUUACAUUUGUAGACAAGGGACUAAUGCUACCGGGAUGGAGGCACUGAUGAUUCUUUUAAGAAGAUUGGCGUACCCUCAUUGAUGGAGUGAUCUGGUUCCUGUUUUCGGCCGAACGGUAUCAGACCUGAGCUUGAUAUUUAACAAGGUAAAAAUGUUGCUUUGUUCAUUCAUCAUCCCUGUAGAAGUUAAAACAAUACACAUUAACAAUGCUGUACUUUCCAUGGAUUUCAGACUAUGGAUGAUAUCUAUGACAGAUUUCACCACCUCUUAGAUAGUCUUGACUUGGUAUGGCUUGAUCCUGAGGCUCUUGCCAAGGUUGUUCAUG